CCUUGCGGGACUGACGCGCUCCGCGGCUUUUAAGCGUUCAGUUUCGUUUGAUGGGCAUUCCUACCGAUGAAUCAGAGCGCCGGGAAGUCGAGAGGGUGUUGAAAAGCGUGCUUUGGGACCAAUAGCUUAGCGUCAGGGCCCAACGCAGUCCAAUCACUUCUCCCGGCGCCGCCAAUCACCCUGGAUCCCGCCUCCAGCUCGUGACGUAAGAAGGGUGGGUAGCAACAGUUGCCCCGGUGAGGGAAACGGAGGCGCCAUAGCCACGGUAGUCGUGGCGACCAAGCAACCCGGCAACGCGAGUCAACAACAACAACUGCCCGGCCGACCCCCACCCCCACCCCCCCCUGGCCUGGCCCGGGGACCCCGGCACGUUCCGUCCCACUCCUAACAUCUCCUCCAAGACCUCUGGAAAGCCCUUCUGCGGACAGAAGUGGGGAGAAGCCGAGGAAUAAAAAAAAGCCUUAUUAUUAUCAUUUUCCCCACUGUUGGCAUGGCAACACAGGCAUACGUUACUGAGCUACAGGCAGCCCCACAACCCUCCCAGCCACCACAGGCCCCGCCACAGGCUCAGCCCCAGCCACCGCCACCACCAUCAGUGGCACCCCAGCCCCCCCAGGCACCUGCCACCGCCACCACCCCUCAGCCCCAGUAUGUCACCGAGCUGCAGAGCCCUCAGCCCCAGGCGCAGCCACCAGGCAGCCAGAAGCAGUUCGUGACGGAGCUCCCAGCUGCCCCCACGCCCUCACAGCCGGCCGGCACGCCCGCCCCAUCCCCAGUGUCCCAGCAGUACAUCGUGGUCACCGUCUCGGAAGGUGCCAUGCGGGCCAGUGAGACUGUGUCGGAGGCCAGUCCGGGCUCCACAGCCAGCCAGACUGGAGUCCCCACUCAGGUGGUUCAGCAGGUGCAAGGCACUCAGCAGCGACUGCUGGUCCAGACGAGCGUGCAGGCCAAGCCGGGCCAUGUGUCACCCCUCCAGCUCACCAGCAUCCCCGUGCCCCAACAGGCUCUCCCUGCGCAACGACUGGUGGUGCAGAGCACAGCCCCAGGUGGCAAGGGCAGCCAGGUCUCCCUGACCGUGCAUGGCACCCAGCAGGUGCACUCACCCCCUGAGCGAUCGCCGGUGCAGGCCAACAGCAGCUCCAGCAAGACAGCUGGGGCCCCCACAGGCACAGUGCCGCAGCAGCUGCAGGUCCAUGGCGUCCAGCAGAGUGUCCCCGUCACCCAAGAGAGGUCCGUGGUCCAGGCCACUCCACCGGCACCCAAGGCCAGCCCUGUGCAGCAGCUCACGGUGCAGGGGCUCCAGCCAGUCCACGUUGCUCAAGAGAGCUCAGGCAGUCAGUUUCCCGCUAGGAAGGCAGAGCAGCAAGAGCCCCGGCCCGCGCCGCCGCCGGAGCCGCCGCCGCCCCGGCCGCCCACGCCCGGGCCCGGGCCAGGCGCGCUGGCCCCGGAGCUGCCUCCGCUCCCGCCCGCAUGCCGCGGCGAGGUCCCGCAGCUAGGCAGCCCCAAGCCGCAGCCGUCCCAUUACGAACCCGGCACGGAGCAGUGGGUGGAGCUGGUGGGCGUGCUGCCCCCGCACCUGCUCCUGCCACAGCAGAAAGUGGUCCUCGAGCCACUGCCCGGGCUCCCGGCCCGAGCCAGCCCCGACCAGAGGGUCAGGAUCCAGAGAGUUCCCCAGGUGCUAGUGUUCGGCACGGCCGCCACGGCCCUCAAAGUGCAGCAGCUCCAGCAGGUGCCUGUUCCACAUGUGUACUCCAGCCAAGUGCAGUAUGUGGAGGGCGGCGAUGCCAGCUACACGGCCAGCGCCAUCCGCUCCAGCACCUACCCCUACCCUGAGACACCGCUGUACACGCAGACAGCUGGCACCAGCUACUAUGAGGCUGCGGGCACUGCUGCCCAGGUCAGCACGCCCGCCACCUCCCAGGCAGUGGCCAGCAGCGGCUCUGUGUCCAUGUACGUGUCUGGCAGCCAGGUUGUCGCCAGCCCCACCAGCAGUGGGGGAGGGGCCAGCAACAGCAGCAGCGGCGGCAGUGGUGGCAGUGGCAGUGGCGGUGGGGGUGGUGGUGGUGGCAGCAGCGGCAGCAGCAGCGGAGCAGGCACCUACGUGAUCCAAGGUGGCUACAUGCUGGGCAGUGCCAGCCAGUCCUACUCCCACACCACCCGUGCCUCACCAGCCACUGUCCAGUGGCUCCUAGACAACUACGAGACGGCCGAGGGCGUGAGUCUGCCGCGGAGCACCCUCUACUGCCACUACCUGCUGCACUGCCAGGAGCAGAAGCUGGAGCCCGUCAACGCCGCCUCCUUUGGCAAACUUAUCCGCUCUGUCUUCAUGGGCUUGCGCACCCGCCGUCUGGGCACCAGGGGCAACUCCAAGUACCACUACUAUGGCCUGCGCAUCAAGGCCAGCUCUCCCCUGCUGCGGCUGAUGGAGGACCAGCAGCACAUGGCCAUGCGGGGUCAGCCCUUUUCACAAAAGCAGAGGCUCAAGCCCAUCCAGAAGAUGGAGGGCAUGACCAACGGUGUGGCCGUGGGGCCACAGCAGGCCACCGGGCUGUCAGACAUCAGUGCCCAGGUCCAGCAGUACCAGCAGUUCCUGGAUGCCUCAAGGAGCCUCCCUGACUUCUCAGAGCUUGACCUCCAGGGCAAAGUGCUGCCUGAGGGCGUCGAGCCCGGGGACAUCAAGGCCUUCCAGGUCCUGUACCGGGAACACUGUGAGGCCAUCGUUGACGUCAUGGUGAACCUGCAGUUCACACUGGUGGAGACGCUAUGGAAAACCUUCUGGAGGUACAACCUUAGCCAGCCCAGUGAGGCACCACCGCUGGCCGUGCACGAUGAGGCUGAGAAGCGGCUGCCCAAGGCCAGCCUGGUGCUGCUGUCCAAGUUCGAGCCUGUGCUGCAGUGGACCAAGCACUGUGACAACGUGCUGUACCAGGGCCUGGUGGAGAUCCUUAUCCCCGACGUGCUGCGGCCCAUCCCCAGUGCCUUGACCCAAGCAAUCCGGAACUUUGCCAAGAGCCUGGAGAGCUGGCUCACCCAUGCCAUGGUGAACAUCCCAGAGGAGAUGCUGAGGGUGAAGGUGGCAGCUGCGGGCGCCUUCGCGCAGACGCUGCGGCGCUACACGUCGCUUAAUCACUUGGCACAGGCUGCGCGCGCUGUGCUGCAGAACACCGCACAGAUCAACCAGAUGCUGAGUGACCUCAACCGCGUGGACUUCGCCAACGUACAGGAGCAGGCCUCGUGGGUAUGCCGCUGCGAGGACCGCGUGGUGCAGCGGCUGGAGCAAGACUUCAAGGUGACGCUGCAGCAGCAGAACUCACUGGAGCAGUGGGCAGCCUGGCUGGACGGCGUCGUGAGCCAGGUGCUCAAGCCCUACCAGGGCAGCGCCGGCUUCCCCAAGGCCGCCAAGCUCUUCCUCCUCAAGUGGUCCUUCUACAGCUCCAUGGUGAUAAGGGACCUGACCCUGCGCAGCGCCGCCAGUUUCGGCUCCUUCCACCUCAUCCGGCUGCUCUACGAUGAAUACAUGUACUAUCUGAUCGAGCACCGUGUGGCCCAGGCCAAGGGCGAGACCCCUAUCGCUGUCAUGGGCGAGUUUGCCAACUUGACCACCUCGCUGAACCCCCUGGACCCGGACAAAGACGAGGAGGAGGAAGAGGAGGAGGAGAGUGAGGACGAGCUGCCGCAGGACAUCUCACUGGCUGCUGGUGGCGAAUCGCCUGCUCUCGGCCCCGAUGCCCUGGAGCCACCGGCCAAACUUGCGCGGACGGACGCGCGUGGCCUCUUCGUGCAGGCGCUGCCCUCCAGCUAAGCCAGCGACCUGCCCCUCCUCGCCCGCCCAUCCCUGCCGCCCCUGUCACCCCUCCACGUCAGGGUCCUUCACAGCUUCUAUGGCUUCGCUAUCCACCCUCCAGACUCGGCCAGGUCCAGGAGGGGCCCUCUGAGACAGGGAAUGCAAGGGGGGUCCCUGCCCCUGAUUGGGCUGGCACAAUCACAGGGCCGGGUGAAGCCGCAGCUGCAAACUCUGACACAAAAGACGUGCCUUAAGGAACCCGCCGCUGUGCCCAGGUGACCCUUGGGGCAGCCAGCCGGCCCCAACGGCCCCGAAGGCCGCAGCCUCUCCCCUCCCACAACCGGCCGUCCCGCCACCCUUAGGGGGCAGGCAGGCAGGCCCCCUUCCCUGCCGAACUGUUAACUUAUUCAGCUCGCUGGCUUUGCACAGCCUGUCCUGGGCCCAGCCCUGAGCCCCGGGUGGGCGCAGGUGGGCAUCACCUAGGGACCCCCCCAGUCAGCAGCAGCCCUGGGACCCCUCCCCCAACAAUCCCAUCGCAACCCCCUCCUUGGUAUAAGUGCAAUUAAAGCCGUGGGUGUCGCAUCUUCUCCAGAGCUAGGCCCUCCCUUGCCCAGCAGCCCUAGAGAGGGCACUGCCCGGAGCUGCUUGGCUUUGAAGGGAGGGUGGCAGGGGGCACUGCCUCCAGCUUCCAAAGAAAGAGCAGCGGGCUGGGCCGGGUACUGGAGCCCACAGGGGCCUGCUGCCGGCAGUGGGGCUCCGUUCACUCAGAUCCAAGACCCCUGAGUUCCCCUCCCGCCAAUGGUUUGUAAUGGAACCUCUGUGCUUCUCCGUGCUGUGCGCCCCCCACCCCCAUGACUAUUGUGUGAUUCGUGAGCGCCGCCUGAGCGGAGUUGGUAACUUGUUGGGUUUUUUUCCAACCAUCAUGGCCUUAUCUGUUCCGGUUUUCUCAGUGUUUCAACCUGUGAGAUGUUUAUGGCAAAAAGGAAAAAAAAGGAAAAAAAAAACCUGACCUAUUGUAUAAAAAUCACUAUUUUGUGUGCUCCGCGUGCUGCAGGCUUUUGGGGUGGCCCUCCCACACCCCUCCAUGUCCUCGGGCCUCCCCUCCCAGCGGUGAAAGUGUCCCCGCGUGUGGUAGUCUAGUGUGCCGAGCCGUUUUCUACCUUUUUGUAGUCUUUCUUAAAACAAUAAAUUCUGCUGUGA